AUGAGUUCUGCAUCUGCUACAUCUGCUGUUGCUGCUUCUGGCGGGUCGCAGUUUGGUAUACUGCACAAACGGUUGGAUGCUGACUUACACAGCCUGCUUUCCGAGUCAAAGAGGAAGAGCAGCGAGGUGAGACACGCUUGUGAGAAGUCACUGAAGAUCCUCAGGACCGUGCAGAGCUCUGAUGACCUGCUCAGACACCCUGACUUUGUCGUUCCGCUCGUGCUUGCUUGUGCGUCGCGCAAUGCCAAAUUGACCACCAUCUCAGUGCAAUGCCUUCAGGGGCUCGCUUCGCUCAAUUGCAUCCCGCGUGAGCGACUCUCGGAGGUAUUAGACGCGUUUAUAGAGGCUACACACCUUGCGAUCGAGAUUCAGCUGAAGAUCUUGCAGAUUGUGCCCAUCUUCUUCAAGACGUAUGCACAGUACCUGUACGGGGGGUUGCUUGCCAAACUCGUGCUCUGCUGUACGAACCUGUUCCACCUGCCGACCAAAUCAUCGAUAGUGACGAGCACCGCCAGUGCCGCACUGCAACAACUGGUCGACGAAAUCUUUGAGAGGUUGUCCUACCAAUGGGACGGGAAAACUGCAGACGACAUGGAACAACUGGGCGAAACAUUCGAUGUCAUGGUCAGCAACAACGACACGAUCAAAGUGAACACUUUCAGAAACGACGCAAACCAACUGUUCGAUAAUCUCAUCUCUGCUAUGGACACGAAAAGGGCAGCGGCCACCCAGGAUGCAACAGAGUCUGCACCACAUGUACCGAGAAUCCUGGAAGUCAAGGAGAUCUCGCUCGACUACGGAUUGGAAGUACUAGAAUCACUCUUGAAGAACAACAGGAGGGCGUUCCUGCACUACCCUGAUCUGCAAUUCCUGCUGAGGAUCAAGGCGAUACCGCUGCUGCUCAGGUGCAUAUCAACCCCGAAGAGCUUCUCACUAACAGUCAGAGCUUACCGUUGUAUCCAGCUGUUGCUUAAUAAAGAGUACCUCGAGCCAAUGAGCCUUGAAAUCGAGGUCAUUUUGUCACUUCUAAUACACGGGAUCUCGGUAGGAUCAAACGUCCCACAGUGGCAGAGGAUCCUCUCUCUUGAAGUGUUCAACGAAGUCUCUCAAGACUUCAACAUGAUCAAGUCCAUAUACAUCAUGUACGACAAUUCGGAAGAGAAGAAGCAGGUCGUCACAGCUCUUCUUGAGGAGUGCAUAAACGUACUGCAAUCCCCGGAAGUCUUACCUGCUCUCGCACGUUCAAAGGUGAUCGAAAAACUGGAGAUGCCGUUGAUCUCAAACGAAACGGCCGUCGCCCGCACAAAAUUCAUGUUCUUGCUGGACAAAAACCACCCACCACCUGUCAACGUCUCGUACCUUAUUUGGCUCAUCUUGUCCCUUUCUAACAGUUGGUCAGAGUCAUUGAGUAACAUCGCAAUGGAUGCCUCCAGUGAUAUGAAUGAGAACAAUAAUGAAGAGAUAGAUCUGCGAAAUUCAGAAGUCAUGGGUUUCUACAACGGAGUCUUCGCUAACCUGUUCCAUAUCAACGAGACAUUUCUCUAUUCGACCGCUUUAGACACACAAAUAUUCCAUACCCUGGUUCGCUCUUUCCAAAAGCUGGGCCAUGGAGCUGGAUUGUUGCACUUAAACGACAAAUUGGACCAAUGCCUGAGGGUAUUCUCUAUAGCGAUCGUCAAUAAUACGACAAAAAGUGAGAGCACCCAAAUAGAAGAAAACAAGAGACUUUCCACCUCGGACAAGUCUGGCGUGCUGAGUUCAAUAGGUGGGUCUUUGAUCGGUCUGAACGAAGUUAACGCGACGAAUGCUACUACUAAGAAACCAUCAGAGAAGAAGUCUAUGCACCCAAGAGUGCUAAACUCAAAACACCUGAGCUUAUUUCGUGCAAUGGUUUCGUUAUCCGUUUCACUGGGUGCUGUUUUCUCUCCCGUCAACUGGAAUCAUAUAUUUAUCACCUGGCAAUGGGUUUCGUACUACAUAUACGGACCCUCUACGGAUUUCAUGGAAAGUUACUACUCUCAAGAUAUACCGGCACAGCCUAACUUAUCCAGGAACGAGAUAAACACAGUGGAAACAGGCAUUCUGAAGUUGCUAGAAACGACACCGCUCUACUCUCAGCCCGCAUUCGGAACUCUAAUAACCAGUUUAAUUGAAAGUUCCAACGCGACAUUAUUCGACGAUUUCAGCUAUCACCCAAUAGAUUCGAACCUUGAAGAUGCAGAGACUGAGCAACAGGUUGAAAGGGAGAUAAAGCUGAACUAUUGCAUCUACAACAAGUCUUUCUACAUUACGCAGCUCAGCGAACUUUCGACAUUUAAUUACUCAAGAUUUUGGAACGGGAACGGUAAAGACCCAUGGUGGCAUAUUAUGGACUACUUUGUCAACUUGCUUGGCACGAGGCGUAUUUCAAGCACAACACUGAGAUUAUACAUUGCCCGUAUCUUCAACAGCAUAAUCAAAACAAUAUCAGACGAGGUUGGUAGUAUUGAUGAUAUUGAUGAUAGAACGAAGAAAUUUAAUAUGAUGGAAAACCUAAUCAUUGGUGCAAUGUUAAAGGCGAUCGAGGAGAUGUCUAACUUGAAAAUUGAAAAGAGUGAUAUUUACGAGGGAGUUGUUAACACCGAAUCAGAGAUUUUGCUGGAAAUAUUAUCGACUUUGAAGAGUAUACUGAAUGAGUUUGGGGAUUUGCUGACGCAGUCGUGGUUGACUGUUUUCAAAAUCAUCAACUCCCCAUUUGAGCUAUUAAAUGGGUCGGUCGACUCUUUAAAUGUUAAAGAAACUGAAGAUUCUUCGCUGCUCAAUGCAAUUGUACAAAAGAGAACCGAAAUGGUCCAAGUCUCCUACGAAGUCUUUAAGCUCGUAUCUGACGAUUUUCUGCAGACACUGCCCUUAGAGGUUAUAAGAUAUGUUAUAGAAACGCUUGUGCAUUACGUCAACCAGGAUAAAAAUCUGAAUAUAUCCUUUUCCUCCAUAAGUCAAUUCUGGUUGGUAGGUGACUAUUUAAGAGUCCGGUUCGAGCCAGAAUUUAAAACAGAGACCGGAAAAAAGCUCAUCGAGAAGGUCAACCAGGGCCAACUGAUGGAGAUUAUCACCUCCACCGAUUCCGAUCCUUAUGAUUUUUAUAACGGCCUAUGGACCUUUUUACUAAAGUCAUUAAUUGAGUGCUCGAAUGAUAAGCGUAUUGAGGUUAAAAAGGGGGCCCUUCAAACUUUUUUCAGGAUCAUUGACUCCCAUUCUAAUUGUUUACCGUCUUGGGAUUUGAUACACUCUAUUGUCUUAAAGCCUUUGUUGACCAAAAACUCGCAAGACGAAAAUGUUGCAGAAUAUGCGGAAUUUUUCAACGUAUGCAUCAGCGGAUUGACCAAUCUAUAUCCAACGAGGUUCACGACAUUUCAAGCGGAUCCUGUUUGCACAGAGGCCUGGUUGACAUUUUUGGGCUUCAUCGAGCGCUUGCUUGUUUCCAAGUCAACUGGGGUAAAAUACGUCGCCAUCAACAAUUAUCGAGAGCUGCUGAAGUCUAUGUAUUUGUUGGAUGAUGUAUCCACAGAGAUCCUUCAAAAGUGCGAACAGUUGUGGAAUGGAUACGUCAUUGUUUACAAUGAUUCAAUUGAGCAAAAUAAUUUUAUUGUGAAGAAUGAAUAUGACUGUGUUCUGGAACUAUUAAAUUCAUUUGCUGAGUUGUAUCAAUUGAUGGAAAAAUAUCAUAGAGUUGAUUUCCCAUUUGUCGAAAACUCAUUGGGGUUGUUUACUUCUGCAGCCAAAUAUCCUCUCCUACCCCAGCACACGAAAGACAACAACCGGCCAUCAAGUUUGCAAGCUGCAGUAUUGAGUGGUUUGACCUUGUUUCCCUCAAAUAAGUCCAAUGAUAUCGAAUUACUGAUUAUUUUCCAGUUGAGUAACAUGACUACUCUGAUGUUUGAUACAAGAGAGAAAAUUCUGAAGAAAUUGGCGUCUAAGUUAUCAAACGCCACACUAACUCGUAUCCCAUCUUUUGAGGCGGUCAGUUACCUGGCCAGUAAAAGUCUUUUUGAAAGACUAGAUAAGAUUGAUGAUAUCACGUUACCGAUAUCUAAGGAGAAGCAUCUACUAAAGGUUUUGAAAAAAAUCUUUCUGACAUUAUUAGAAAAACCGUUAAUUGAUUUGAGCAAGGAUAAUGAUACUCCAAUGUGGGUACUGUGUUCAAGGGCAUUUCGGAUUCUCUCAACGGAGUUAUUCAAACCGGAUGUACAUCCAUCUUUGAGUUCGUCGAUCCAAGAAGAAUUCCAUAAUAUCUUUAUUGAAAUCACUAGCUUCCCGAUAAAACGUAUCAACUGGGCAACUGAUUCCGCAAGUGAAAAGAACGACCUGAUAGAAUACAAUCAGUUCAAGGAAAUACUUUUGAAAGAGGAUGUAAUCUCUUAUAUGAACGAGGAACAUUUACAGCACUUUAUCUCUAGCGUUUGGUCUGCAUCUUUUGUCUACGAACUCGAUGAGCUAGAAAAGGCAUUUAUUGAAAAUAAGAACCUCAGUGAGGUUACAAGAAGAGUCUGCACAGUAGACCUUAAGGAGAUAUUCGGGUCCACGGUGGAACCUAAGUUGCUGUCCAAGACGUACUGCUCACAAACCUGUCUGAACGAUCUGUCCAAAUUUAUAACCUUUGAGGGCCAACAGUUCGAAACGCUGAGAAAGGUUAGUACCCAAUAUGUGGUGUCAAGGAUUGCUUUAUGCAUAAGAAAGUACGUAUCCGACGAAAACUUGGUGGACAGGGCACCAAUCCCUAAAGUAAGAAAACUAGAAUUGCUGACGCUAUUAAAGGGCCUCUUGGACAUCGUUCUUAAUCUGUCGCGGGAAAAAAUCAAAGACUACGCGGUUGAAAUAGAUAGCCUUUUACUGUUACAUCCAUUGGUGUUGAAAAUGAUACCGUCGUCACACAAAGUUGUCGGUCUACAGAAAUUGGUAACUGAAAUAUCUCUCAACUUUGUGACGGUGAUGUCCACGUCACAGAUCUGA